AUGCCACCGAAGAAAGAUGUAAAAGAAAUUGAAGACGAAGAGCAGGAGUUAGAUAUACAGAUUUCAUUUAAAGACUUGGAAAAGUCAAUGAAUAUUUUUACCGGAGAUGACACCCAUCCUAUUGAGACAUUUAUUGACGAAUUUGAAGAUACUGCCAAAAUUAUGAAGUGGACUACAGUUGAGAAGCUGGUCUAUGUAAAAAGACUUUUAGACGGUACUGCCAAGCUAUUUUUACGAUCGUUGGGAAGAUUAAAGGACUACGCGCUUUUCAAAAAAUCAUUUAUGGAAGAAUUUGGCCCAAAAAUUCAUAGCGCAAUCAUACAUAAGAAACUUGCAUCGCGUAAGAUGAAGUAUGAUGAAACUUACCAACAAUAUUUCCUGUCUAUGAAAGAAUUAGCACUUCAUGGUAAGGUUGAAGACGCUGCGCUGAUUGCGUAUGUCAUUGAUGGUAUUCGUGGCCUAGAUAUCAAUAAAGUUAUUUUAUAUGGUGCUACAGACAAAAAUAAUUUUCGCAGGAAGUUGGAAAUCUACAGUGCUUUUAAAACGAAGAUGCCUAACAAAUCAGUACAAUCUGGCCAAUCACAUGGGCAUAAUUUAACCCGUAAGAUGGUUCAUGUAAAAAGAUGUUACAACUGUGGCGAACUGGAUCAUCAAUCGCCCACCUGUCCAAAGGGAAUCAAAUGA